AUGCCUCGCAGCUACCAACUACACGCAUUUCCAGUCACCAUUUUUGCCCACUUGUUGUUCAUCGCUGUCACCACUCUUGUGUUCAUUUGGCUUCUCAGAUUCCGUGGAGGCUUCGCUUUCAAUUCCCCCAGCAAACCCAAGCUCAUCAAUGUCUUCUACUUCAUCUGUUACAAUCCUACUUUUCAUACUCUCUUGAUGAUGAUCGGCUUUGUUUUAGUCGGAGGAGAAGCAAUAAUAGUGCACAAGGCUUUAGAAGCAAAAAGAAGAUCGUUGAAGGUGGCACACAUGCUGCUGCAUCUGAUAGCUCUAGCAUCUGGAAUUCUUGGAGUUAUUACAGUUUAUAAGGAAGAGGUUCAUCUUCAUUAUCACAUCUACACCUUACACUCUUGGUUCGGCAUGAUUGCCAUCUGCUCUUUUGGUUUGCAGUACUUGUUGGCGUUCUUCACAUUUUUCUUCCCAGGAGCAGAAAUGUCAAGGAGAGCUUCAAUGAAGCCAUGGCACAGGCUCAUGGGGAUGGUCAUAUUUCUGCUGGCAGUGUGCACAGCAGAGACGGGCCUUGUCCAACGCUUCCAGUAUCUGAAACUUGGUCGCAGCCAAGAGGGUCUCGUCCUCAAUUUCUCUGCUCUUUUGCUAUUCCUCUUUGCUGUCACUGUUGGCCUCUCUGUUACUCUCCCCGCAGACUACUGA